AAUUAUGAUKUUCUUUCUUGUUCUUUAAGAUUCUCUAAACAUUCAAAUGGCACACACACUUUCAAACAGAGCCCAUUUUGUUUGCCAUUAUUGCAUUUGUUCCGUUUGAAAUGGUUAAUUCUCCUGAAACAUAACAUCCCUUCUGUGCAGGUUGGUUGUGGUGUGGGCAACACAGUUUUCCCAAUACUCAAGACCAACAAUGACCCUGGACUUUUUGUUUACUGCUGUGAUUUCUCCARCACUGCUGUGGAAUUAGUGAAGACUAAUCCAGAGUACGAUUUGAACCGCUGCUUUGCCUUUGUGCACGACUUGAGCGACGUCGAGGCCAGUUUCCCCAUCCCUGAUGGAUCCCUGGACGUUAUCGUGCUGAUCUUUGUGCUGUCGGCUCUGCAUCCCGACCAGAUGCAGGCCUCCAUCAGUAGAUUAGCAGGUCUGCUGAAACCAGGUGGUGUGAUGCUGCUGAGGGAUUAUGGACGCUACGAUAUGGCACAGCUGCGCUUCAAGAAAGGGAGAUGUCUGKCAGAAAACUUUUACGUCAGAGGGGACGGAACACGAGUUUAUUUCUUUACUCAGGAUGAGCUUCAUGAGUUGUUUGCAGAGGCUGGGCUUGAAAAAGUGCAGAACCUUGUGGACAGGCGGCUGCAGGUGAACAGAGGGAAACAGCUCACCAUGUACAGGGUUUGGAUCCAGUGCAAGUACCGCAAGCCUUGUUGAGAAACAAGGCGAGACGAGAGGAAAAAUCCCACCUAAGCUGACAAAGAUUACAGCCGUUUCCAGAAGACGUGGAACAAUGGGAUCAUGGAGUUUUUUUUAUUAAUUUUUUUUCUUGAACUGGCUGCCAUAACCCUGGUGGACAUUUUUUAUUUACAUGUUCAUCUGGGAAAAAUGCUCUUGGUCACCAAAUUGAUGACYUUUCUCCUGAUGAGUUGUCUAAUCUGAAAAAGAACUGGUAACCGCUGUAAAAAGAGACUGGUUUUAAUUUACACAUUUUUCAAAAUAGAUUGCAUGACUUUUUUGUAUUUGACAUUUUUUGUACAUGCUAAAUUAAAACCCAGUGCUGAAAAAAAUCCU